AUGGCCACUCGCAUUCCCACCGGCACCGACACCGCGAUGACGCGCGCUCGCGCUCCCCCCAUCGAUCCGACCGGCACAGGUCAGACCGCCACCACCGUCGACACGAUCGAGACCGAGAUCAUCAUGAUCGCAGGAGCAAGGAUGCACCCGCACAGCCCGAAUCGUGCGGAAUUAGCUGAGGGCUGGUACGAUCCAGCCACUUUGCAGAGGGCCCGGGAAAGCAUAACAGAAAGGUCUCCACCCGCAGAGGCCAAGAGAGGCUCACCGGAUUAUGCACGGGAUGAACAGAAAGAAAAUGUGGACAACAAGGCACCGCCAACCGCCGAAGAAGAUGAUGAUGACGAUGACGAAUAUGGCCCAACACUACCUCAGCUCAACUCAGGAAGAGGCUUUACGCAAUCUGGGCCGACAAUACCGAGAUUGCAGGACCUCGAACUCAAGAGAGAGUCCGCAGCUGAAGAUGCCUUUGCUGAGCGCGAGGAAUCACGACAGCAGUAUCGUAGUGACAUCCGAUCUCAUAAAUCGGCAGUGCGGAAUCUUGAAGACGAAGUUGCGCCCCGAGCAGAAGCCGGGACGAGGGAGAGACAGCUCGAGAAGCGCCGGGAAGCUGCAGCAGCUAACCGCGAAUUUGCAAACGCUCGAGGCGCGUCACCUGAGGCUGCACCGGAAGAGGAGCUUAUGGGGUCUGGAGACAAUGAUCUCGCUGCUUUGAAGAGGGAGAAGGAGAAAGACCAACGCAAGAAGAACGAACGGGAGAUUCGUAGGGAGGAGAUUCUUCGGGCACGAGUAGCAGAGCGAGAGGAGCGUGUUCAGGCCUACCGUGAGAAAGAGCAGGAGACAAUUGGUUGGUUGCAGACUCUUGCGAAGCAACGUUUUGGUUAA